AUGACAUCCACGCAGCACAACGGUGUCAACGGCCACUCCCAGAACGGCGCACCACCGAAAAUCAAAGUCAAGUCGCCCAUUUCUCUGGCCCACGUCGUGCUCCGCACGUCCAACUACGAGCCCAUGGUGCAGUUCUGGCAGGCGUUCCUGGGUGCCGAGAUCUCCUUCAAGGACGACCAGCUGGCCUUCCUCCGCUACGACGCCGAGCACCACCGCAUCGCCAUCAUCAACGUGCCCGGCACGGGGCCCAAGGUGCCCACCUCGGCGGGCCUGGAGCACAUCGCCUUCACGUUCGAGACGCUCGACGACCUGACCGAGUCGUACCGGCAGCGCAAGGCCCUGGGCAUGACACCGUGCUGGUGCACCAACCACGGGCCCACCACCAGCAUUUACUACCGAGACCCCGACGGCAACCGCAUCGAAACCCAGGUGGACAACUUCGACACGGUGGACGAGGCGAACGCCUUCAUGGCGGGGCCGCUGUACAGAGAGAACCCCAUCGGCACCGACUUUGACCCGGAGGAUCUGAUCAAGCGGCUCAAGGCGGGAGAGGACCACAGGAGUAUCAAAACCAGGAUUGAAAUCGGGAAGAGGGGCUUGCCGGAGGACUUUUGA